AUGGCGUCAGCGGCUUAUGGGGAAAUUCUCGUCAGGUAUUUUAAGAUAACUCAAGAGCUCGUUAAGGCACCAGACGCUCGGUCGAGAACGACGGAUACAGGCUCUUCAAGCCCUGAAGAGUCCGAAGGGGUUUCUGAGAGAGUUUUAGGGAAAUCAACAGAUUCCGCUGCGCAUACAGAUCCCACAGGAGAUGCCGUGGCUCGGCUUCUUGCACGACAGGCUCAUGCAUUGAUCACAAUUCACAAUGAUUUGACGUCGAGUAAGAGAAUCGUCAACAUCAAUCAGAGUCUCCUUGAAAGAAGAAUCGCAGACUUGAUCUCCAUCUCGUCGUCCAAAUUUUACGCCUACCGAUAUGACCUCCUCCCUGUCGUGUGGCGUCAGAUAUACACUGACGCUUGCAUCCUUGACUCUUUUAGUCUCAUCAUGCAACCCCUCAUAAUCGAUAGCAUUGUCCCAGAUAAGCUUCUAGAUCUUGUCGUUGAGAAGCUUGAUAGAGCACUCAUCACGGCGGGUGGUGGUGGACGACAACAAUGGCUUGAGGACACGAUACGGAUGCUUGAAUUGGCUUGGACGGCGAAUGAGGAACAUAAGAGGCCAACAAAGCGUCAAAGAUAUGACACUUCGACGCAAUGCUUUUCUAACUACCAGCCUCACGGAGAACCAAGGCUCUCACCUACGAGGGAAUGUCCUCAGCGCUCCGGCUGGAUAAUGCCACAGUUUGAAGAAUACAUGAACAGCAACAACGGAGAGCCUCGGCCUAUUAUCUUCACAGAUUUAAUUACAGGGUGGCCUGCUCUCACGGGCCGCCCCUGGAAGGAUCCAGAGUAUCUCCUCUCACAAACCUUUGGGGGGAGACGUCUGGUACCGGUUGAAAUCGGUAGAAGUUAUGUUGAUGAGGGUUGGGGACAAGAACUUAUCCAGUUCCGCGAUUUUCUUGAUCGCUAUGUUACAGGAGAAACAGAUAGCGUUGGCUAUCUUGCCCAGCAUAACCUUUUCCGGCAGAUCCCUUCUCUGCGUAACGACAUAACUAUACCGGACUUCUGCUGGGUCGACGUCCCACCUCAUCCAACAACUCCGUCUCUAAAUCAGCCGCCGGUUGACAUGCCCCAGCUCAACGCCUGGUUCGGCCCAGCGCGCACUAUUACACCUCUUCACACCGACGGCUAUCAUAACCUGCUCUGCCAGGUCGUUGGAACAAAAUAUAUCCGUCUGUAUCCUCCUCGAGCAACAUAUGCUAUGCAGCCGCGGGUAUCUGAGCAUGGUAUUAAUAUGAGCAACACGAGUAGAUUAGAUGUGGGUGUGCUCGAAGAAUGGGAUGAGAAACCGAAAGAUAUGAGUGACGAAGAUGUCCAAAGGAUGAGGAAGCAACUCGAAGGUAUCGAGUAUUGGGAGUGCAUCCUUAAACCAGGAGACACGCUGGUUAUUCCUAUUGGAUGGUGGCAUUAUGUGAGAAGUCUAAGCGUGAGCUUCAGUGUGAGCUUCUGGUGGAAUUAG